AUGUCUACAGGAGCAAGCAAGUUCGAUCCGAAGCCCGGCGAUCCGGAGGGCAAACUUCUUCCUUUUGAAGAAAUCAAAACCGAAGCCGAUCUCCUUCCACCUGGUGCCGCGCCUGGUACCGUCCCUACCGAUCUCGAACAAGCAACCGGUCUGGAACGUCUCGAAAUCUUGGGAAAGAUGCAAGGCAUUGACAUCUUUGACAUGUCACCACUCCCGUCGGAUAGAAUUGGUACAUUCGAGGAUCCCAUUGCAGUGAAAUCAGCUGGAGCCGAGUACCAGGUCGGCUGCACUGGCUCUCCCGCUGACUCACAUAAUGUCAAAUGGCUCGUGAUGACCCGCGACCGUCCCUUUGAACGGUGCCCGGAGUGCGGGAGUGUCUACAGAAUGGACUACGUCGGAGCGCCAGACUCUCACGACGACCACGGCCAUCACGGCGAUCACCACCACGGUCCCACCUACGAAACACCAAAGACCAUGGCCGAUUUCGUCAAGCCAGAGUACUGGUACCGAUAA